AACAAAAUGAAAUAGUUAGAAUUCAAUUAUACAAUAAAACACAUGUUGGAGAUUAAAAUCAGCGUAUAUUAAAAAUAUGGAAACAUAAUAAAACUCUUAAUAAAAUGCAUAAUUAACAACACAAGAUUUCACUUUUAUUCGGAACAGAUGUAAGAAGUGAAGUACAGGUUUGGCCGUUGUUCCGAUUUCUGAAAAAAUGGAUGAGCCACACAACUCUCCUUGGCCAAUAUCAAAAGAUGAAUACGAAUUGAAAGAUGUGAUAGGCGUCGGUGCGACGGCUGUGGUCCACGCCGCUUAUUGCAACCCCAAACGAGAGAAGUGUGCCAUCAAAGUGAUCAACUUAGAAAAAAGUCACAUAAGUUUGGAUGAGCUUUACAAAGAAAUUCAGGUGAUGGCGUCAUGCAAACAUGAGAACAUUGUGACCUAUUAUACCAGCUUCGUGGUGAAAGAAGAACUUUGGCUAGUACUAGGAUUACUGGCAGGUGGGUCACUUCUGGACAUCAUAAAUCAUAAGACGAAGAAGACCGAUUGCAAGAGCGGUGUCUUCGAUGAGGUAACUAUUGCAACCGUCUUAAAGGAAGUUCUCAAAGGACUGGAGUACAUACACAACAAUGGUCAAAUUCACAGGGAUAUCAAGGCAGGUAACAUCCUCCUAGGAGAUGACGGUUCGGUACAGAUAGCUGACUUCGGAGUAUCGGGGUUGCUCGCGACUGGUAAAGACGAGUCAGGGGAAAGAGUGAGGUACACAUUUGUCGGCACACCUUGCUGGAUGGCGCCUGAAGUGUUGGAACAAGACCGUGGAUACGACUUCAAGGCAGACAUUUGGUCUUUCGGAAUAACUGCGAUAGAACUAGCCACAGGCACAGCACCUUAUUAUAAAUACCCACCAAUGAAGGUAAUAAUGCUUACCUUACAGAAAGAUCCACCGACACUUGAAACAAAUGCCGAAGAUAAGAACCAAUACAGUAAGUACAGCAAAACUUUUAGGAAAUUAAUAAACGAUUGCUUACAGAAGGAUCCCUCGAAGAGACCGACAGCAACGGAACUUUUGAAGCACUCAUUCUUUAAGAAGGCAUUGGAUAAGAAGUACCUGCAGCAAACGUUGUUUGAUAAAGGCGCCUGUGUGGGUACUGCAAUAGAUGCCUCUGCUGCACACAGCAUAGCAGGUUAUCACUACGAUACAGAAACUGGAAAGUGGGCCUGGCUGACCAAUGUGGAAGGAGAACCUGACAAGACAGAAAGUCCUGAGACGUCAGUUAACGAUGCACGAGGCGGAGAUGCUUCACCUGAAUGCGAAAAUUUACCACAAACAAGAAAACUCAAGCUUGUUCUAAGGUUACGGAACAAAGGAAAAGAGUUGAGGGAUAUUAGUUUCGAGUUUGCUACAGACAAGGACUCAUGCGAAGGCAUUGUGUCUGACUUGGAAGAACAAGGCUUAGUGGACAGGAGAGAUGUGAUGUCCAUUGUUGCCAACCUGAGCCUGCUCCUCCAAAGUGCUCUGGGUUCGAUAACAUUCCCACUAGAGUCCGCAGCUGCCCUGGGGGAGGCUACGAGCGAGAAAGCUCUCAUCGGCUACGCUAGGAUAUCUGUAGCAACGGCCGAGCCAGGAGGCCCUGCCACUAAUGGAGAACACACUAGUUCUAUACUCAGCAAAUAGUCCUAACAACAAAGCAACUUGUAUAAUUUUAUAAACCACUUCAACAAAUACUUACAAACGUUCCGAAUAAAGAGAAACACAUGUAACCAGCUAAUGUAGUGGUCAGUUAUCUUAUGCAUGUAUCACAUAAAGUAGUCAAUUUAAAACGCUGAUAAAAAAAUCUGUACACUAUCGAAACACAUCAUGUUCAUCUGCAAAUCAUAUAUUACAAAAAGAUUAAAUUAAAUCAGCAUUUAUAUAUUAUCAGGAAAAACAUAUGGUGCUAACUUACCUAAAAAGCUAACCCACUUAAUUUACACUUUAAAUUGAAUAUUACUUUUUGUAUUAAUAUCAUUUUAUUUUAUUUAUUAGAUAUUGGGGUAGCUCAGUAAGACGCUGUCGGAGCUCCUAUUCUCAUCAAUUCAGGGUUGAGCUCGAGUUUAACGUGUAAUUAUUUCCACUCCUACCCACAGGACGCGAUAUGCCACCGCGAUACGAUACCCUUUAUGGGUUUCGCAGGUGAUUAUCGCACCCUGGGUCACUGCAAUAAGGCAAUAGAUAGUAAUAUAAUUAUAUCUCUGUAUCGGCGCCGACAAGUAUGUCGUAUCACCGAGACUGUGUAGGAGCCUUUAUUCUGUCACACCAACCGUGGAUCGAAUCUGCAUACAUUUUUUUUUUUUUUUUAGUCUUAACAGGAUAAAUAUCGAAGCAGCUUUAUAAAAUAUUAUAUUAUCAAAUUGAGAUUAAAGAAAUGGGCAAUGAAGCCACAAACCUAGUAAAUGUACUAUUCUUACUUAAACAUUCCUUGCCUAUGUUCCUUGCGGAUACUUGUGUAGUGCAUAGUUUCGGUA